AUGUCUUCGUUUUCCUGGUUUAAUUUCUGGUCAGGCAAGAAUGCUGACACCGAGGAGAGCAAUCAACAGCAGGAGGCUCAGCCAGGUACCAGCGAAUCGGCGAAUAUGUCGGAGGAAAGUAUCGGCGCAAAGAGGAAGCUGAUAUUACAGCCAAGACAGGCGAUGUUGCGACAAAAGACUUCAACCACUUCGUUAGCCUCUAAAACAUCUGGAGGUUGGUUAAGUUGGAAAAGAGACCCCGCAAACCAACAGGCUGCAUCAUUAGAGGAUCAAGAAGAUAUAAACGAGGACGAGGAACAUGACGUUGGGAAUGGCGAGGAGAUAGAACCGAGAAACGACGACAACAACAUCAACAACAACAGCAACGAUUUCGAUGAUGACGCCGACGACAACGGCGAUGAAAUAGAUGACCACGUGUCGGCACCAAGAAGAGGUAUCAACUGGUUUUGGAACAAUACGUCAAAGAACAGUGCAAAUAAUAUUGAUCAACAGGCUCAACCAUCAAAGAAGGACGAGACAGAGGAUGACAAAAAAGACGAAAAGAAAGACAGCAAGCACGAGGAUGUCAAAGAGGACAAGAAAGAUGAAAAAAAAGAUGAUAAAAGUAGCAAGCCUGUUGAGACAAAUACAAUCUUGACGCCAUCAAUACCUACUAGACAGGAGUUGGCCAAUGCAGCAAAAAAGGCUCCCGUUGAAGUGCAGCAGGAUGAUGCCGUGUUGUACAAGCCCCAUGACAAAGCGGCUCAGUUCAACCAAAUCAAUACACACAAGAAUGAAAAUUUAAAAGAGAAUGCCAUUGUCCCCAAUUGGAAAACCUGUCUUCCGGCUGUCAACGAAGGAUUCAUUCUUCACAAUUCAUCAACUUCGAGCCCCAACAACACAAACCAGACUAUCAGAACGGAUUUGAAGAAUUGGAGACAAUUUUUGACUCAAAUAUCGGCCAAGUUUGGUCUCACCGCCAAUGCUGACAUUGAACUGCAGCAGGAAAACAAGACCGAGGAAGAUGUGGGGUUGCUCUACGAAAAGUCAUACAAGCUCUACGGGAAAUCGUUGGCAGUGUUGCCACAACACAAACGUGCUUGUUUGCCAAAUUACAACAAGUACUACCAUAGUACUGAUGAUCCAGUUUCCCAAUACCAAGAGGAUCAAGACGACCCAAAUGCCAUCACAAUCACCAAUGACGCCAUGGGCAACCUUUUAAUCAACAAUAGAAAUAGAAGGAAGGGAGCUUUGAAUGCAGAAGUAGUUAAUCAUAAAGCCGGCCCAUUGAAAAAAGUCAAGAAUGUCUUAAUCAUUGGAGUUCAUGGAUUCUUCCCCACACGAAUGAUCCGACCAAUCAUUGGUGCCCCCAAGGGAACCUCGUUGAAGUUUGCCAAUGAAGCGGAAAAGGCAGUCAUUCGUUAUUGUGUUGAUAAUAACCUUAUAGACGAUGACCAGUCCAAUGUCAGUAUCCAAAAGAUUGCUUUGGAAAAGGAAGGCAAGAUUUUUGAUCGAGUCCAUUUUUUCACCGAGAUUUUACAGAAAUGGGAAAAGGAAUUAAACAAUGCUGACUUUAUAUUCAUUGCCUCACAUUCUCAAGGAUGUGUUGUUUCGAUAAUUUUGCUUGCACGGUUAAUCCGCAUGGGGAUUUUAAAAGACCCCAUACACAAGCGAAUUGGGCUAUUGGGCAUGGCGGGGAUAAACAAUGGUCCCUUUUACGGAGUUGACAAGUCUUUUUUCAUGAAGGCUUAUUCCGCCAUUGAGCACGAGUCGUUGAAUGAGUUGUUUGAAUUGACCAAGUUUGAUAGCUCGCAAUCGAUGGUCUACAAAGAGUCCAUACGAACCAUUAUCAAUGUCAAUGCCAAAAUAUGCUUCAUUGGAUCAAUUAAUGAUCAAUUAGUACCAUUGUACUCGGCAUUGGCGUCACAUGUUUUCCACCCCAACAUUUAUCGUGCUUGUUAUAUUGAUUAUGCAUCUUCAACACCAACAUUCAUUGAAAAGCUAGUUUCUAUUUGCUCAAACCUUUUGAAUUUGGGAUAUUUUGACAAUAAUGUUGUCAAAGAGUUGAGCACGUCCUUGGCUGGUCCAUUAACAGGGGGUGGUCAUUCAAAAAUUUACAAUGACGGAAAAGUUUAUGACUUGGGAAUCAAGUUUUUCCUAGAUACUGAUGACUUGGUUAUUCCUCAUGAUGGAAAGAUUGAUUAUGAUGAUUUCGACAAUAGUGAUUUACCCGUGUCGAAUCAAGUGUACAUUAAGGAAUUCAAUGUAGGUAAAAUUGGCACCAAUCCGUUCGUCUUACCCUGGUGCUUGCGAGGUUUGUUGUUUAAUAUAGAAAAGAAUUGGCCAACAAGGGAUUAUGUUAUCAAUGAGCACGAUGGUUCCAAAGAGCAAACCAGUGUGACCAAUGGGUUUACUGAAGUGCACGAAUUAUAUGAAGAUUUUGAGCAGUGGAAGCCCACCGCAAAAACCCACAAAGAUUUAAAGUUUAGAUUGAAUGGUCUUAGAGCGAAUAAUGCAUUUCGUGAGGUAGCAGACGCAUACGAGGACUUUGAUCCGCCAGAUCAUUUCUCAGACAACGAGUUUGAUGAUCCAAAUGGUGGAGAUGCUCAAUUAACUGCUGAUGAUGGAAGACAGAUUAUAAAUGGAGGUGUUGGGCCCGAUGACGCUGCUACUGCUGCUGCUGCUCAACAGCAGAGGAAAAAGACAACAAAAGAAUUGGCCAUACCUAAGGAUGAAAGGACUACUACUCCAUAUAUGACCAAAUAUGAGCGUGCGAGAAUUUUGGGUACCAGAGCCUUGCAAAUUUCUUUGAAUGCUCCAGUCUUGGUUGACAUUGAGGGUGAAACUGACCCUUUACAAAUAGCCAUGAAAGAGUUGUCCCAGAGGAAAAUUCCGUUGGUGAUUAGAAGAUACUUGCCAGAUGGUUCGUAUGAAGAUUGGGGGUGCGAUGAGUUGAUUGUUGAUCAGUAG